AUGUGGAGUUGGGGACGACGCUCGUGCUCGCAGUGGCACGUACGGAGAGGAGGGAGGCCGGAUGCGGUGAUGGGGAUGACAUCCGCGCUUGCCGCAGCAGGUACGGGGAGGAGGGAAGGCGGAGGCGGCGAUGGGGAUGGCUCCUGCACUGGCGGUGGGCGGACCCGUCCAAAGGAGGAAGGGAGUGCAAGCAGGUCGUGCGGAGGCGGCGGCGAUGGAGGAGGACCAGGCCGUGUGGAUAAGGAGGCCUCGUGCCUUGGAACGGAGGCGCGAGAUGGACUAUCGGCGUGCAUCGAAGGGCCCUAG